GACGGCGGAUCAGAUGCAUUCGUGAAUGGGGUUGGGCGUUUGAAGCACAGUUGGUCUCGGGGCGAUCCUUGAACUUGAACCCCCGUAAAUUCUUUCAGAUCAUUGCGGGUGGCCGAUGAAGUGUAAAUCGUUGGCUUGCAUAUGGUCGGGCUCGCCACCGGCACACCGAGUUACAGCCGUCACCGUGAUCCCCGACCCGCCGUCUCUUUACACGGGCGGAUUCGAUGGCUCCAUCAUCUGGUGGAACUUUAGUUCUUCUCUCGAAAGCCCGGAAAUGAAACCAGUUGCUUUGUUGUGCGGUCAUGCUGCUCCAAUAGCUGAUCUAGGGACUUGCUUUCCAGUUGAAGCAUCUGAAAAUGUAAGAUUGGUUAGUUCAAAUAAUGGGAUAUCGUAUCCUAAUUCAAGUUCCCAUGGUGCAUUAAUAAGCACAUGCAUGGAUGGUGUAGUGUGCAUUUGGAGCAGACCCAGUGGACAUUGUAGGCGUAGAAGGAAAAUUCCCCCUUGGGCUGGAAGUCCAUUCAUGAUUAGGCCAUUGCUCAAAAACAGGAGAUACGUAUGCAUUGCGUGUAGUUUCACCCAAGAAACACAGUUACUUAAGAUGGUGGAAGGUGAUGAGUCUUCAGCAGACAGAGACUUGCAGAAUUCAAAUUCUUCAAAGUAUACAGUUCUAAUAAUGGACUCUUCUACCCUGACAAUAGUCCAAACAGUUUUUCAUGGGAAUGCACCUAUUGGACCUUUGAAAUCUAUGGCUGUAGUUUUACCUUCACAAGACAUGGAGAAGCAAUCAGUAAUGAUGAUCGACUCAUUUGGUAAGGUACUCCAUUUACCUAUCAUGGACUCUGACCAGAAGCGGCAAAAUGUACCUGCUGCCCCAAAGGAUUGUUCAAUUUCAGAAGUGACGGACUGGGCUGAUGAUUCCGUAGAGAGGGUAUCCCUUGUAGCCUUUGCAAAGUGCGGGCAUGUUCUGGCUCUUGUGCAUAGUUCACUUUGCACAUUCAGGCAAGUAAGUGAUGGAACUGUUUUUGGCAAGAUUUCUUUUUUGGAUAGUCAACUAUGUUCUGAAGACGAGUCAUAUGUAAUAGGUGGUGUAUUUGUAGAAGGUGAUUGUAGCAUCUCUAGUAAUGAUUUUGUGGAAGACUUUGUGGCAUGGAAUACCAGAGGUGCAGCUGUUGUAUACAGGAUAUCGUAUUCAGGCAAAGAAUUCAAGUUUAAUCCGGUGUCUAUAAUCCCUCCUGUAUUGCAUCCUGCUGAUACAAAACUGUCCCUUUCCUUCAUACCUUUAGGUAGGUAUGUAUUUCGAAUAGAGUCAGUUUGCUUUGAUAUCAAUGAACAGAAGUUUUGGAGACCUCAUGUUAGCAUUUGGCAUUUGAAGCCCAGUGAUAACAAUCAUGGAAAGUUUCCAAUUGAGUUUGAAAUGUUUGCAGAAGGUAAUCUUUUAGAUGAUUGGCCAGUGAAAUCCUCUAUGGUGACAGCUUAUUCCGAAAACCAUGAAUUUUCCAAAGAUGGAUCUAUUGUAACUGAAGAGGUGAGCACAUUGCAAGAUGGUGUGCUUCCUGGCAAAACAGAUGGUGCGCACUUACGUGAUGGUCAAUGUGUUACUCACCAAGGAGGCCAACUUGUAUCUUCCUCAAUGGUUAUAUCUGAAAACUAUCUAGCACCUUAUGCUGUUGUUUAUGGCUUCUUCAGUGGUGAUAUUGAAAUUGUUAGGUUUCACAUGUUCUUCACAGCCCUGGAUCCACUUAGUGAAAGUCUGGCUGAGGAUGCAGAUUCACAAGUACAAAAGCAGCGUCUCUCAGGUCACAAAGGAGCAGUACUAUGUUUAGCUUCCCAUGAAAUGGUGAGCAAGUCUGGAAGGUGUAGUUCAAAUCAUGUUUUGCUCUCAGGUAGCAAGGAUUGCACCGUUCGCGUGUGGGAUCUUGACUCUGGAAAUCCCAUUAUAGUGCUGCACCAGCAUGUGGCUCCAGUAUGUCAAAUAAUUCUUCCUCCGCGUAGGAGUGAAUACCCAUGGAAUGAUUGCUUUCUAACUGUUGGGGAAGACUGUUGUGUUACUCUUGCUUCACUUCAUACUUUGAGGGUGGAAAGAUUAUUUCCUGGCCACCUCUACUUUCCUGCCAAUGUCCUAUGGGAUGGUAUAAGAAGCUAUAUGGCAUGUUUAUGUCCAAACCGUUCAGGAAAAGCUGAUUCACUUGAUAUUUUAUACAUUUGGGAUGUAAAGACGGGUGCUCGAGAGCGAGUUCUUCGUGGAGCUGCGGCACAUUCCAUGUUUGAUCAUUUCCUUAAAACCAUCAAUGAAAGUAUGGUAUCUGAAAAUUUGAUAACUGGGAAUACUUCUGCAUCAUCUUUGGUUUUUCCAGUGAUUGAGCCAACCAAGUUUUCACAAGUUAGUUCAGAAGUUUCUGGGAGGGGGGUCUCUUCCCAAAAAUUGGCAGAUAGUAAACUUGAAUCAGAUGCACCUGAAUCAUCAAGUGCUGUGAAAGGAGCUGGUGCAAAAUCUGGUUUGCUCGCAUCCAUGAUCUUCUGCAGCGAAAAGCGUCCAAUUAAAAGCUCCUCCCCUUUUGCUGGAGUUUCGACUUUGUGUUUUGACCUCACUUCCUUAAUGUCACUUUGUUCCAUGGAUGAAUCAUUUGAAGAAACUAAUCACGUUGAAGGGAAAAGGGAUGAAAAGAAAGAUGAAACGGGUGCUGGAUCUAGCACACCUAAAGAUGAUGCUCAUCACAGGGCAAAUGCUUCUUUGAAGGAAAUGGUGGUGAAGAUCCCCAGCCCUCGUACUGUGAAUGGAAAAAGUUCUGUUUCAAAUGAGUCCUCUGCUGUUACAUUAGAUAACCCGGCAUGUCUUCGCUCACUUGAAGUCUGCCUUCUUCAGUUCUCUUUGUCAUUUCUGCACCUGUGGAAUGUUGAUGAUGAGCUUGAUAACUUGCUAAUAUCUGAAAUGAAGCUCCAACGCCCUGAUACUUUUAUUGUUGCUUCUGGUAUAUUAGGGGACAGGGGUUCAAUGACGCUAACAUUUCCAGGUUCUAAUUCAACACUUGAGCUCUGGAGAUCUUCACCUGAGUAUUCUGCCUUGAGAUCAUUAACUAUGGUGUCCCUUGCCCAGCAUCUGACUAGCUUAUAUCAUUCCUGUUCCUCAGCUAGUGGUGCCCUAGCAGCAUUUUAUACGCGGAAAUUUGCAGAGAAAAUUACAGAUAUCAAACCUCCGCUCCUGCAGCUCUUGGUAAGCUUUUGGCAAAAUGAGAUUGAACAUGUGAAAAUGGCUGCUCGUUCUCUAUUUCAUUGUGCUGCUUCAAGGGCUAUUCCAUUUCCUCUGUGUUGUCCGCACGCCAAUUGUCGCGUAAAAUUUCAUGUUAAUCCUUCCGUCACAUCAGAAAAAGAACAUGACAAUAUGAUGUCAUGUGCAUUACCGAAAGAAAAAGUUGAAAUUGGAGGGGACAUUGUUGAGGAAGAGCUUGAAAUAACAUCAUGGUUGGAAUCCUAUGAAGUACAAGAUUGGAUUUCUUGUGUCGGGGGGACAACUCAAGAUGCAAUGACUUCUCAAAUAAUAGUUGCUGCUGCAUUGGCUGUCUGGUAUGCUAGCCUCGUCAAACCAAGGGUUUCUGAGGUAGUGGUUCAUCAACUAGUAAAAUUGGUUAUGGCUAUGAAUGAGAAAUACAGUGCAGCGGCAGCAGAGAUUUUAGCCGAAGGCAUGGAGAGUACAUGGAAGGUACACAUUGGCUCUGAAAUACCACAUCUCAUAGGGGAGAUAUUCUUCCAAGUAGAGUGUGUCAGUGGUCCAGCAGCUAAACCCAAUUCUCCAAAGCCUGCUCCAUCUCUAAACAUUCGGGAGACUUUAGUUGGAAUUCUUCUUCCUAGUUUAGCUAUGGUUGACAUACCUGGAUUUCUUCAUGUUAUAGAAAGCCAAAUCUGGUCUACAGCAUCUGAUUCGCCUGUCCAUGUGGCGUCCCUCAUGACUUUGAUCAGGGUUGUCCGUGGUUCUCCAAGAAACUUGGCUCCAUACCUGGAUAAGGUGGUUGUUUUUAUAUUACAGACAAUGGAUCCUGGUAACUCAGUCAUGCGUAGAAAUUGUCUCAAAAGUUCUAUGACAGCAUUGAAAGAAGUAAUACGUGUGUUUCCUAUGGUGGCCCUAAAUAGUGCAUCGUCACGAUUGGCAGUUGGGGAUGCUAUUGGAGAAUUUACCAGUGCUAGCAUUCGGAUUUAUGACAUGCAAAGCAUGAGCAAGAUAAAGAUCUUGGAUGCCAGUGGACCUCCUGGACUUCCAACUGUUCUUGGAAGAACCUUGGAAAUGGAAGUUACGACUGCAAUAUCUGCUCUGAGCUUCUCACCGGACGGAGAGGGAUUAGUAGCUUUUUCAGAGAAUGGUUUGAUGAUUAGAUGGUGGUCACUGGAAUCAAUGUGGUGGGAGAAACUCAGUCGUAAUCUUGCUCCUGUUCAAUGCACAAAGCUGAUAUUUAUUCCUCCAUGGGAAGGGUUUUCGCCUAACUCUGCCUCGUCCAGCGUCAUGGCAAGUAUUUUGCGCGAUGAUGGACAAAUCAACUCCCCGAAGAGUAGCAGAGCUUCGGGUGAAGUGGACCGGCUGAAACUCCUAGUUCACAAUCUUGAUCUGUCUUACAGGCUCGAAUGGGUUGGGAAUAGACAAGUUAUGCUCUUGCAACAUUCCCGCGAGAUAGGAACUUUCCAGCUUUGAGCAUCCACCGAGAACUCCAGUUCUUUGGGCCGACAAUAUUCUGAAGUCCGGCCAAUAUACAGAUACGUAUGCAGAUUUGCUUGACCUCCAUUUUCCUCCAUUACAGCUGGUUUGCAUUCAGACAGUCGGAAAUAUAGCAGGAGCUUUUCUUCCCCAUUCAGAUUGGCUCCCAGGUCAAAUUCAUUGUGAAAAGUUUGACUUCUGAAAGUCAAACAUAUACACUCAUACAUACUUUUAGUAAAUUAAUUAAGGAGCUGGCAGUUGAAAUUAGUUUCCAAUAUUUCAUAAUUUGUAUUAAUAGUGAUUAUUAGAAUUACGAGACGUUUGUUUUGACAAUUUUUCUGGUCAAACUUCCACAUUUUCUUGAUUAUAAUUUCCAUUUUCUUUC